AUGGAUGAAAUUGCAACUUCCUCGGAGAUCACAGAAACAUUUGUUUCUGACCCGAACUCCAGACAGUUCGAGGAAGAUGGACACCCUCCAUUGGAAACCCGCCAUCUGAACAUGAUACACGAGGAAUUGGAGAAAUUGAACAUAUCGACGGAUGUAAUUAACAAAAUGGAAGUUCAGUUGGAUGCGGCCCGGGCAGAUUUUCGGGAAACACAAGUUCAGUGGUCGGAGAAGUUGAAAGAGUUAUCGAAACAGUACUCCAGUCAGAUUGCGAAGGCCCGGCCGUUUUAUGAGCUGAAAAUUAAGGAACGAACACUCCGAGAAGAGUCCCAAAAAGCAGCUGAGCGAUUCGAACGGGCAACUUCAAUCCUUGCAAUUGCAAAACAACAAGUCUCGCUCACACAAGAAAGUCUGUCAAGACAGACAUCUGUACUUCCGGAAUGUCUAGAGGUGCUCAAUCAUCACAUCCAAAGAGUCCGAGAGGUUGAGGAGGAAAGGACAGCGGCGGAAUCUUUACAUGCAUCAAAAGCACAUGCAAUGCUCCAUCUGGCAGAAAAUAUUAGAGCUAUGGAAAAAGAUAAUAGAUAUGCUAUCAAAAAGUCCCGGUUAUAUUUCGAAAAACGACUGGAGUUUACAAAAAUCCUAGAAGCACAGAAGGCCACUAUCCUAUGCUUGGAAGCUGAAGUCCGACAGAAAAAGAACGACUACACAACCUCACUGAGAAAUCUGGAGAGGAUCAGUGAACGAAUUCACGAGGAACGAUCGACGGGAUCUGGGGAGAGUGGUGUUUCAUCUGACCAGGAAGAUAGGCUAGACGACUACAAGAGUAGUGAUAGUCUACCUGGCAAUCCGCCGCCAUACGCACCAACUGCACCUCCUCCGUAUGAGGACAAGUAUAUUAUUGAUAAGGAUGAUGACUCUAUCGUUCUCAAUAUGAUGAAAGCGGAGCAGGAAGAAGAAGGAGAGAAACGACACUCCAGAUCUUUAGGGUCCGGUGUGAUUCUUCUUGCCCAACAACUGAUUGGAAAUGGAAACGCAACUGAAAAACACAAUCUCACUCCACCAAGACACGGUGAAGAAGCAGACAUUAGCUACCAUACCCGUCCAAUUGGACUCUCAGAUGGAUCUGACAACUCCGAAGUCUCUUCUCUUGCCUCAUUCAAUAUUGGAGAUGAUGACACCGUAUCGAAAAUGCUAAUGAGUCAUUCCGAACUCAUCAAGGACAUCGAACUGGCCACAGACCGUGUAGGACAUAUUCUCAAGCCGACCGUCAAAAGUGUAUCAAAUGCUCAUGAAGCGUAA